CGAGCCCGGGAGGUGCGGGCGCGGGUGGGAAGAGGAGGGCGGCGCGCGGAGGGAGGUGAGCGGAGCGGAGCAGGGAGGCGAGGAGGGAGAACCGCGAGGAGGCCCCGCCCCCGCCUCGCGGAGCCGGUUCUCCGCCGCCUCCGAACCCGCUCACUUUGCCUCUUGCCUCUGGACGGCGGCGGGGCGGUUACCGAAGCCGUGGCCACAGGGAGCGCCGGGGACGGGGAGCCAUACCGCACCCGCGCCUCUUCCCGGCGCCCGCGCCCCUCAGGGUGGGGGGGGUGCAGCGCCACCGUUUGAAAGGACACCCUGGCCUCGUAGGGGGCAUCCCCGGGCGCUGACAGCCUCGUUCCGGGCCAGUGGGCGCGCAGCGCUGGCGCCUGAGGGGACUCCCCGGCCACCUGCAGGUGCCGCCGCGCCGAGGGAGCGUAGCUAGCAGCAACGCCCGGCCGCCGAGGACGCUAGAGCCGAGGGGUGUGCGGGCCAGCGAAGGGCAGGAGCAGAGCCCGCGGCGAGAGCCGGCCCGCCAACCCGCGGGCCUCGACGGCGCGCUCCCCCGUCGGCCAACGGCAGGCAGGCCCCGCGCGGCGGCCGGGGGGCGGGGGCCUCGGGCCUCGGGGCCUCGGGGCGGCCAGCCAUGACCUUCGGGCGCAGCGGGGCGGCCUCGGUGGUGCUGAACGUGGGCGGCGCCCGGUACUCGCUGUCCCGGGAGCUGCUCAAGGACUUCCCGCUGCGCCGCGUGAGCCGGCUGCACGGCUGCCGCUCGGAGCGCGACGUGCUCGAGGUGUGCGACGACUACGACCGCGAGCGCAACGAGUACUUCUUCGACCGGCACUCGGAGGCCUUCGGCUUCAUCCUGCUCUACGUGCGCGGCCACGGCAAGCUGCGCUUCGCGCCGCGGAUGUGCGAGCUCUCCUUCUACAACGAGAUGAUCUACUGGGGCCUGGAGGGCGCGCACCUGGAGUACUGCUGCCAGCGCCGCCUCGACGACCGCAUGUCCGACACCUACACCUUCUACUCGGCCGACGAGCCGGGCGCGCUGGGCCGCGACGAGGUGCGACCUGGAGGGGCCGAGGCGGCCCCCUCCAGGCGCUGGCUCGAGCGCAUGCGGCGGACCUUCGAGGAGCCUACGUCGUCGCUGGCCGCGCAGAUCCUGGCCAGCGUGUCGGUCGUGUUCGUGAUCGUGUCCAUGGUGGUGCUGUGCGCCAGCACACUGCCUGACUGGCGCGCCGCGGCGGCCGACAACCGCAGCCUGGAUGACCGGAGCAGGUACUCCGCCGGCCCUGGGAGGGAGCCCUCCGGGAUAAUUGAAGCUAUCUGCAUAGGUUGGUUCACUGCAGAGUGCAUCGUGAGGUUCAUCGUCUCCAAAAACAAGUGUGAGUUUGUCAAGAGACCCCUGAACAUCAUUGAUUUACUGGCAAUCACACCGUAUUACAUCUCCGUGUUAAUGACAGUGUUUACGGGCGAGAACUCUCAACUCCAGAGGGCUGGAGUCACCUUGAGGGUGCUUAGAAUGAUGAGGAUUUUUUGGGUGAUUAAGCUUGCCCGUCACUUCAUUGGUCUCCAGACACUUGGUUUGACUCUCAAACGAUGUUACCGAGAGAUGGUUAUGUUACUCGUCUUCAUUUGUGUUGCCAUGGCAAUCUUUAGUGCACUUUCUCAGCUUCUUGAACAUGGGUUGGACCUGGAAACAUCCAACAAGGACUUCGCCAGCAUCCCUGCUGCCUGCUGGUGGGUGAUUAUCUCUAUGACUACAGUUGGCUAUGGAGAUAUGUAUCCUAUCACCAUGCCUGGAAGAAUUCUUGGAGGAGUUUGUGUUGUCAGUGGGAUUGUUCUCUUGGCACUACCUAUCACUUUUAUCUACCAUAGCUUCGUGCAGUGUUAUCAUGAGCUCAAGUUUAGAUCAGCUAGAUAUAGUAGAAGCCUCUCUGCUGAGUUCCUCAAUUAACGCAUUGCAAAUCGAUUCUUGCCUACACUUCCUUUGAUAGAAAGAGUUGACGCUACUUCCUAUUCGUCCUGCGUGUCUUGCUGGGUGAGCACUGCAGCAGUCCUGUCAUGUUGGUAGGGGAAAAAUUAUCCUUCCCAGCUGAAGGGAUGAAAGAAUUUCCUUAUAAUGGAGUAAAUAGGAUUGACACUUCAAAGGAAAAGUAAUAACUCCUAGAAUAAAUUUUAGGAUCUUAUUUUAUUUAGGCUUGUCUCCUCCUUGCCUUGAACAAUUACACUUUUUGUGUUUGUUUUAAAGUAUAUUAUUUGAACAUUUUAAAACUGAAAGGUACUAUUUUCCAAAUGUUUUUCCAUCUUAUGAAUUCAGAAGAAGCUUGGAAGUUACAGUGUUUUUUGUUGGAGAGUAACAUUUUCAUUUCUAAAUGUUUUAUAAUCUCUCAUAUCAAUGUCAGAAGUAUCCUGGAAACAUAUGUCACACGCAGGAACUGUUUAACAAAUACUUUCAAAAUUUGGCCAAAUUUUAAACUGUAUAAUGGAGCUAGAUACAAGCAAGGAUAGUAUUUGAAAAACUUUUCCAGCAUAUUUCUCAAUUCCCUGAUUUAUUUUUGUUUCUAUUAUUCAUCUUAUCAUACAGCUUCAUGGAAACUUGAGCAUGUUUUCUUUUUUUCCAUUUUGGAUUUCUUUUAUGUCUUUACUGAAAUGACUCAACAGAGUAUUUCAGAAUGAGGAGAGCUUGUAUUGUUUAGCGUUUUAUUGGAGUUCAUUUUAUUUAAAUUCAUUGCUGUUACUAGGUGAUAAUUGUCCUAACAUUCAGAUGUCCAAACAAGAAUAUUUCCAAUGUAAAAAUGAUAAUAGAAAUAGUUUGAUAUUACAACCCAUAUUUAUCUUUUCUGCUCUUAAUUUUUUUCCGUGGGUUUAAUAAGACUUACCAGGUGAAAGGAUGUUUAUGUAGCCUUUUUAUACCAAAGUCCUACUUAGAUGUUGUCACUGGAUUAUCAUAAAAAGAGAAAUUAAAUAUUUCCUUAGUCUUGGUUGCUAUGUGGCUAAGCCAGUUUUAAGCCAGCUAAAAACAAUGAAUACAUAAUUGUUUGAUCUGAGCUUCACCAUUUUGAAUUGCAGCUACACUAAAACUUCUUAUACCAAUAUUGAACAAUAUGCCACAUUAAUCUGGGUAGAUUAUUAGGACUAGAUAAUAUAAAACUGAUGACGAUUUAGUGCUAAAUUUUAGCAAUAUGAAUUAAGAUUUUGCUUUCUUCACCAAUUGCCAUAAAGAAGUCAGUAUAUAAACACAAAAAAUUAAAGUCAUAGAUUCACAAAUAGUUUAAUGUUGUACACUGUAAUUUAAUGGGAGUGUAGAAGGCGGGUAGAGAAGGGAUGGGACCUGGAUAUAUUUAUCAAAGAACAGAAAUGUUCAUUAAAAGAAUAUUAGCCAUCAUCUAGUUCAGACCUUAAUUAGUACAGGUAGACAAUCAGGGCAAGAGAGGAUAUGACUGUGGAGGAAUUAGGGCCAAAACCUGGAUCCCUAGAAACCUACCUAUCCAGCAGCUUUUUUUUUUUUUUUUAAGAGAUUUAUUUAUUUAUUUGAGAGACAGAGAGAGAGAGAGCACGAGGUGGGGAGGCGCUGAGGGAAAGAGAGAAUCUUAGGCAGACUCUGUGCUGAGCCUGGAGCCUCUCUCGACCCUGAGAUCAGGACCUGAGCUGAAACUGAGGGUCGAAAGCUUAACUGACUCAACCACCCAGGGGCCCCACCAGCAGCUUAUUCUCAACACACGUCUGGGGUUUGAGAAAAGCCUCGAGAAGCCACACUUCUUUGGCGUUGCCAUUGCUGGGCUAAUAAUAGCAAAACCGUUCCUUUUUCUUAAUUUCUGAGUUUAUGUGAUAUUUUGGCCAUUAAAAGAAUCUCACCCCGUCUUUUUUACUACUGCACACUGGUAUGCUACUUAAUAUACACUCAAAAGUAAUUGUUAUUUAUUGUAUAUUUAUUGUAUUUUACUAUAUUUGAAAUACAUGGCAUGGAUUUAUUUUUUUCUUACCUGUUUUGAUUAAGGCUUUGUGAUUCAUGCAAAUAAUAGGCAGAUGUUAGCAUCCCCAUAUUACUAAUACAAAUAUGGUGGUCAUCCAUAUUGCUGGCUCUGGGCAAGGCUUCAUGGGAGUCGGUCUUACGUUCCCAAGGAAAUUAUAAGCAUCUCGAGGGCGGGGACCUGCUUUUCCUGCACACCCCUUCAUACCCCACAGUGUUUGUGACAGAUUUGGGCACAGGCUAUUGUUGACUUAUUCGAGGGGGAGAAAUCUCUGUGUGAAGAGGCAAGGAGAAGCACAGCCAGAUGUGUACUUGUGAAGCACACGUGUGAACACACACACACACACACAGGCUCCGAGGCUGCCCUUCAGUAACAAGAAAUCUCUUGUUGGCGAUGCCAGACUAAGGACUUCUAAUGACUAAUUCUAAUGACAGCUCAGCUCCCCAUUUACUAAGAAUGAUGAUGAGAAAUGAUAGAGUAGUUCAUUCAUGAGUUAAAAAAAUAGAUUGUGGAUGUUGUCAUUUUCUAGGAACAGAGGCAUUUUUCUCUCAACUUACCCUGAAUGCUACUGCCUUAAAAAAAAUCACUUGGUAGGACUUUUUUUUUUUUCGUUUGAGAGAGAGAGAAAGAGAACGUGAGGUGGGGAGAGGCAGAGGGAGAGAGAAUCUUAAGCAGGCUCCACACCCAGCGCGGAGCCCGAUACAGGGCUCCAUCUCACAACCCUGAGAUCAUGACCUGAGCCAAAAUAAAAAAUCGGACGCUUAACCGACUGAGUCACCCAGGUGCCCUGGGACUGCUUCUUUAGUUGUGCUUUUAGACAUUUCUCAUAAUUCCGUCGUCAUGGCACAAAUACUUUCAUUAGGAUCUGCAUGAGUACCAGUGAGUCAGAUGUUAUCCUAAAUUAUUAGGAUGCCUGCUGAGGAAAGAGGAAGUCCAAACGUUUGUUCUGAUUUUACCACACAUGAGAUUGUGACUUAAUCUUCCAUAUAACUUGUCUUUUAUCCUCUAAAAUGGUGUUUUUUCAGAUUAAAGAUAUAAAUUACAGAAUAUAUUUAAAAGUGAACAUACUCUUCACAAUUCAAGGCCUUAUUUAUCUUUUUCUUUUAUGGUACCAUUGUUCUUGUGGGUUGCUCGUUGAAACUAGCCAUUUGCAUUUGCUUUGCACUUGGGUUUUGUAGCUACGUGUAACCACACAUAAGUUCUUACUUUCUUAAAAAUGUAGAAAUAUAUUCUUUCACAGUGGCUGUCAGCAAAUCAAAGUAAUACUCUGUUUUUAAAUUUUUGUCCGGAUGUCUUGCCUAGGUCUCUGGUGACCUGGGAGGCGGGGAAGAUGGGGUUACGUUGGAUAUUUGUGUUAGAAGGAUUUCCUUUGUUGGCUUUAUAUUUUCAAAAAGCAGCUGAUUUUUCCUCUUUGCUAAAGAAAUGAAAAAUAAAAAACUGAAACCUCCUAGUUAUGCUUCACUGUUAAGCUUCUGUAACUCCAAACUUAGCACAUAGCUUCACAAAAUAUUUCUAGAGCUCUCUGAUCCUAUGCAGGUGUACAAUCACUUACGGUAUGCAAUAUACAAUCUGAACAAAUAUGGUGUAAAUAUGACAAUAGGGCCUUAGUAAAUUAGAACUAAAGGGCCCUGGAGACCUCUGGUCUCCUUGCCCCCUUCCUUUGCCCUUGAUCUUGGCCAUAUGUCAGCAGCCAGCAGAUGUGCUCCCUCCUGGUGGCUUGUGAUUUACCUCUCAUCCUGAUUUGCCUGGGACUCUCUUCAUUUUAGCACUGAAAGUCCCCCAUCCAGGGAAAUCCCUUCACCUCGGGUGAACUGGGGCAGCUGGUCGCUGUAGUUUCAGGUCAGGCCCCAGAAACCUGGUUUCCAGACUUUCUGUUCAGUAGUCUUUGACGUACUCGUGUUUUGUUUUAUAACAUCAGAAAGCAUGAAGGAUUUCUUCUUUAAAUAUUUUCUUUGGGGCUUCGGAGCCCUUUCUUAUAGGUCAAAUAAAGAGCAAAUGUUCCUUUGAGAUACCCUGGAUGUCAGGAAGGAUGGCUUGGGUCCAGUGCAUAGGGAACUCAGACUUCUGGUGAAGUUUUUAAAUUGCAGAACUUUAUGGUUGUACAUUCUCGUAUAUACAAGUAAGUGCAGUUCAUAGCCAUCAUUGCAUUAUUUAGAGGGCCAGAUUGGGAAGUGUCAUAGCUGAAUAGGGAGUAACGUGGGUUGACGCUUUUGUGGAAUGCUCUUUCUUCUUUUCUUUCUUUCUUUUUUUUUUUUUAAAGUAAGCUCUAGGCCCAGUGUGGGGCUUGAACUCAUGACCCUGAGGUCAAAGCGUCGUCUGCUCCGGCCCACUGAACCAGCAGGGCACCCCUUUCAUGGGAUGUUCUGUGAACAUUCCAGUUUGGUCAGGGAAGGUGGCCGACACUUCUCUCUUGAUUCGGCAUGCUUUUAUGUGGUGUUUUGCUUCCUGCUCUUCCAGACCCAUCUGCUCCCCGAGAACUGGGCCUGUCAGCUCUGCCUCACGCUGUGGAGUCUUCCAAAGACUUGUGAAAGAAAUGUCGUCUACCAGUGUGAUUACAUUGUCCCUUUCUGUGAUUAACUUUUUGUUUUUUCCUUUUCCCCACGUAGGCCUAAACUUCCAGAUUUUUCCAGUUUUUAUCAAACAUCCCCAAUAAGUACUUACACGUUAGGCCAUUAGCUUAAUCGCCAGUUGAUUAGUGACUGGAACUUGAUAACCUGCAUUUAUGCUAUAACUUAAAACAAAUUUUAAGUAGCUUUGGUGAGAAUCCUUUGAUUGAACACUCAACUGAGUAUAGUGAAAGCAUAAAUGACAUUUAGUGGAUGAAAGCCUGAGGGAGUAAAUGUUUGGAUCUCACCUACCAGAACUAAGUAAUGCUGUGUCACUUAUAGCCAAAGAAGUGAUCUUGCUUUAUUUAUGCAACGUUGUUUUAAAGCUGAAAUUAAAAUUUCACAUACUCUUGUAUAUUAGGGUGUUUUGUUUUUAAAGAAAGGACACAAGUAAUGACAGGUGUUUUUGCUGUAUUAAUAGACAAUGAUUUGUUCAACUUCCAUAUUGCUUUUUAACUGUAUGCUACAAGCUUGAUCUUGCAGCUCUGUUGGAAUCCCAUGCUUUCCUUCUCUACAGUGCAGAGGGCAGGAGAAUUUCACGUUUUUAGGGGAGAUCAGCAUUUGAGUUAAAAAUCCUGAACUCUGAUACAAGAGGUGUGUGUGGGGGUGUGUGGCCAUAGCUAUACAUAUAUUUAUUUUGUCUUACUGUUUUAGCCAUAGCCAAUCUUUUGUAUGAAACACUUGAAGGUAAAAAGGCAAAAUCAAGAAAUGGAUGUGAGGCUUAGCUUUCAGAUUCAAGUGAAAGGCUGUUUUUUUCGUAGGACAGAAUUGGAAAGUUUCGAUUUUUUGCUUUGAGAUAAACUGCCUAACUUCUUAUCUGUAUUUUUAUUCAGUUUUUCUUAUCGUUUGGAAGGUUUUAAACUAAAUAGUAUCAGUCAUAGUUGUAAAUGAGAAAAAUGGGUCAUGGUCCCCUUCUUGAUAAGAUUCGUUUUAUAAUAAUUUAAGGGAAAUGACCUUUUAUUAACUCUUCCAUGCAACUCAGUUGAAAAAGAUCAGGUAGAAGUUGAGCAAAACAUGUAUGUUUGUGUCUUCUUCUUCUUCUUUUUUUGUUUAGGUCUUUUUCUUAAAUACAUUUUUUAAAAAAUUUAUGCACCUUUAUGUGCUUCAGCGCAAGAGAGAGGUAGGAACGCUGUAGCAUGCAAGAAGUAAUUAGCCGCAUCCUGCUUUUUGUAAUAAAUAGGUUUCCCAGCAUUUGUAUGGGAAGAAAGUUGAUAAACUUCAUUGUAUUUCAUAUAUACAAUAAUGGAUGCAUACAGGUACUCAACUGUGGAAUCCUUUUAACCCGUGAGUCAACCUUCUUUUGUGUUAUUAUCCCCCAACAUAUCUCUUAAGAAGGGCACACCUGCAUAGGAAUCAGAAUCAGAUCAAAUGACUGAAAAGCUACCACCUGUGAAGUCAGAUUUGAGGAAUUAUAACAUUUGACUUAAUAAUGAGGAUUUUUAUCAGCCAAUGAAAUAUGAGGUGGUCCUAGCAAUGCAUAUUUUAAAAAUUGAGAUAUAAUUCAUAUAAUGUAAAAUAUAUGAUUCCAAAGAGUACAAUUCUGUGAUUUUAUAUACUCCUGGAGCUAUGCAGCCAUCACCACUCUCUAACUCCAGAACAUUUUCAUGGACCCCAUACUCGA